AUGGCUUUUUCCGCUAAAGAUCACAAAAUAGCAGAAAAAGGUGGAAUUUCCAGUAAUGGAGGUUCCACGCUGGAUUCUAGCCAUAAUCCAGGCAACAACGUUUUUACCUAUGCAUCACUUUUUCAAGUUAUCAAGAGUCAGAAGCGAACAACCUUCAACAUUGCUCCAGCUAUCGACAACAACGCCUCCACAACUGGCAGACCUUUGGACUACAACUCAACGUUCGUAGAAGCUAAAGAUGACUACUCUCUCGUCAUUGAUUGUUCUCAAUUUGCUGGGAUGGUAUUCAGAGAGAAGCCCUUGCUCAUUUGUCUUCGAGAUCACUAUUCCAAAGGAUUGGGAAUUAGAACACGUAUGGUUGGCAAGAACCAUAAGGUCAUUGAAAUCAAUUUUCCAAGCCAGGAAGAUUGCGAGAAGGCUCUGAACAAGGAACUCGUCUUACAAGGGAAGAUAAUCAAGGUGAACAAUGCUUUGGACAAAAAUCCCAACAUCCUCAGAGUAGGUGUCUCUGAGCUUCCUUACAAAACUGAAGAAGUUUUGAAGCCUUUGAUGGUGGAGACCUUCCAAAAAUAUGGGGACAUUCUCAAUCUUGAUCUUAGCUAUACCAAGGAUGGUAAUUGGUUUACUGGUGGCGGUUUUGUCACUCUAAAUAGGGACAAAUUAAAGAAUUAUGCAGCUGGACUUACCCCUCAGAUCCAGUUUGGUAAUUUCAAGGAGAAGCUACAUUUGGUUUGGAGUAACAUGAACCCAAUUUGUCAAGACUGUCACACUGAUGAUCAUAUCAAAAUUGAUUGUCCUCGGACAAAGAGGAAAGCAUGUUUCCGAUGCGGAAGCUUGGAACAUCUCAUCGCCGGGUGCCCAUUAGCUUCAUGGAAUAGAGUGAAGAAAACUAAUGAUCACAACAAACAAGGUCAACAUCGCCAGCAAGAGAAUGUUGCCCAACCUAAACCUAUAGGUAGAAAGGUUGACCUUUUAGAUCUAAUGAAUGUGGACCCUCCUAAGUACCUCAACCACAAGAAGGGGAAAAGGAAGGCUACAUCCCUUUCGUCGAAAUCCCCAAGCGAUGAUGAGGCACUUUCCAAGGGGGAAGUAUCUUCAGCAGACGAGCCAGAGUCUGGUUCCGACGCUGAAAACGUCCAAGGACAUUCAACCAACUUGAACGACAGCAAGGAUAUGCAAAUGGAAGAGGUUUUUGAUAACAGGGAUCAAGAGGAGAUGAAUAAAUCUCAAGUUGGUGCAUCUCAGAAAGAUGGCUCUCAUGAUGGUGAAUCUCAGGAUGGUGAAUCUCAGGAUGGUGAAUCUCAGGUUGCUGAAUCCAAGGGUUGGAAAUCUCAGGCCGGUAGCCUUUCACAAGAGAAUGCUCCCAAUGGACAUCUCGAGGAGGAGGACAAUAAUUCCUUUGGUGAUGAGGAGUAUGUCAAGUCUACUAGCGAGGAAGAUAGCGAUGGGGAAUCUCCUAAGGUUGUUCAGAACAAUGUAAGUAGAUAUAACUUACGACACUCUGGGCACAAGAAGAGUGUAGAUGAACCUACUGAGGAACAUCCCAAGCGAUCUAUUGAUGAACUGGCUUCUACCCCUCCAGUAGAGGGCAGCGAAGGUCCUGGUAAAAAGCAGAUUAAACAGCAAGAGACUAAUGCCAGAGAUGAAAUGGUCUUGGAUGGAUCAUCAACUACCAUCCAAUAA